GGUCCUCAAAUCUUUACUUCAUUUUCUUGCCUUUCAAAAUACAUAUUUGCAUUUAAUUCAUAUCUCCUUCAAGGCUGAGGAAUUUAUGAAGACUUUACCCAGGACGGUGAAAGCUGAAGACCCUCAGCUCCCAAAAAUGAGAAAAAGAAGAAAAGCCUAUAAAAAAUGGAAACUCUUGAAUCCCACAAUAUGUGAACCUCAGCCUGCUAAUCAAGCAUGCCAAAAAAAUGUAAAGGGUCUUGAAAAGGAAGUCAAAGGAGAAACCUCAGAGGCUGUGUUUCAUCAAACUGGGGCAUUAGGGAAAUCUAAGGAAAAUGGAGAAGAGUGUACAUCUGCUUCUAGGACUGAAAGGCAGAAUUCCUCUUUUCUCCCUAAAGAUAAGAAGCGACCUCCAUCUGGCAGUAAAAUAAGUAGGGAGAAGGAAAAUGAUGAUUCUUUCCCGUCCAUUUCUCAUCAACUAAGGAAAGUCUUUCCAGUGGUCAUGUUUAAUGACUGUGAAGAAUCAUUGUCAGAAAAAAUUACACUGCAGGAUUUCCCGAACACAAUAGAAGGCUAUGAACCAGCAAAAGGCAAAAUUAUCACAGAAGUAAAAUGUGGGAAUUUCUAUAUUCAAGUAGCAAACAAGAAUAGAAUUUUCUGUAAAACAGAAAUGCGAUUCCCAACAAAAAAGAGAUGUCCAAAAUGUCACCAGUGUUACUCUGUCAGACAUAGUCCAAGAUGUUACUCUUCUAGAAGCCGCUCUUAUAAUUACAAGAAUAUAUUGAUAGAAGAACUAAAAUCUGAGUCUUUGUCUAAAUACGAAGAAGAAACCACCAGAACUGAGAACCAACCCUCACUAAAAGUUAGCAUUGUAGGAAAAGGAAUUAACAUCAAAUAUGUGAGUAAGAGGCAGAAUAUAAUAAUUAAUAUAACUCAUCCUAAAAGAAGGGGGAGGACAGCUAAAUACAGAAACGUUUCCUUUGAUCACACGACUAAAGAAUGUUCCAGGUCUUCUGCACAAUUGGGCAUUGGGCUACCUGAAAAGCGGCAGCUUGAAAACCAGCAGCGGAGUCCGGAUUGCUCGCAUGUCUCUCCUCCCAUGGCCUUUGCUGUCCAGGAGGAGAGUCGUGACACAGUUGUGGUUUCUCUGGGCUCAACCCCCAGGAGGAGGAAUAAGCUUGAUGCACUAUCUGCAGUCUUAGAUGACUGUGAGUUAGAAGCUGCCGUCUCUCAGCAGAAGGACUCUAAAAUUAGUCAUCAGGGCACCCUGCAAAAGAAACAUCUCUUUGAAGCUGCGACUCUUCUCAAAAAUGUUUUUCCUAUAUCACAUGAGGCCCUAAAGACCACAGGUUUAAGUGAAACAGACUUAAGUAAAAUGCCUUUUGAGGAUCCUAAAGAUGUAGCUAGCGACAGAAAAACCAACUUUGAUAUUCCAGAAAAUAUCACAUCGAACUCAUAUACGCAGCAAAGCACAGAAGGAAUAAAUAACUUGCCAAGUACCAUUACUAAUAUCUUCCCAGUUCUGGACAGCAAAGACUCUGACUUCUAUUCUUCAUCUUCUCUCAAUGCAAAGCACAUAGGAGAAAAGGCAGCCAACACAUAUUGCAAAGGCAGCAAAAUUCCACCUGCAGAAUACUGUGAGAACUCAAAUUCCAAGUCUUUCCCUUCCAGUCAGAACACUGUGACAUCUUCCACCCCAUUCUGUCCAUCCCACUGGGCCACCAGACAUUCAGAACCUAAAGAGAACCCUGGGGAUACAUUUUCCUUUGAUCACUGUGCUGAAUGUGUGAUACACCAUGAGGAAGCGCAGGUUGAUGUGACUGACAGAGACGUUAACAAAGCCGCUUUACAGAGUGACUCUCGUACAGAUGCGCAGCGACUGUCGGAAAGGAAGAGUGCACAGGGUCCAAGUCUCAGCCUCAACAGUCGUAGCCACAGCUCUGUGGAAUGGGGCCAAGCAGAGUCCCAGGCAAGCUGUGUGGAGACAGUAGCCCCCAGCAAUGCAGAAGUGUUGGUCAUGGCCUCGAUAGCUGAUGAGUUUGAGCAGAGAUUAAAUCUUCAAAAUGAUAAAGAAAGCUUGGCUGAUUGUGAGUGUCCCUUAGGAACAAAAAACCUUAAAGAGUUACCCCGCUUUCUGGAAAAUGUUGAAAAGGACACGUUCCUCAUGAGGCCAGUGGCAGAGACUACGUGCCACAGAGAUUUUGAAGACCUAUCAGCUGAGAAUCAUGAUGAAACCUGUUUUCAAAUGGAUUUCCCACCAAACACUGCUGAGUUCAAGUCUGCCGUGUGUGCCACAGAUAAUCUGUUUCUUAUUGAGAAACCACCGACCAGUGAUGCAGACCAACACAGUAACCGUGAUGAAAUAAACUUUGGACUCACCAGCUCUAAACAGAAGGUGGCAGAGUGCCAAAAAAUUGCAUCGAGAAGGCCAAAUUCUGCAGAGGAUAAAAAUGGUCCAAAGGAAAAUUACUAUCACCGAAUAGACAUACUGCGUUCACCUCAGAAGCAAAAGAUUUUGAGAGAUUGGAAUUUGGAAAUAAAUAGCCUCUUCAAGUUACCCCAGGAACUGGCUCCAAGAGGUUCAAGGGCCAGUGAUGGUUCCCAGGAGGAAGCAAUAGACCAGUGGGCCAGGAGGAGGCAGCAAUUCAAAGGCCAAAGAUGCAGCUCAGCAGGGGGAAGUUCCUUUGCCAGCAACAUCACUGAAGAAUCCAUCACCUCAGAAGACAGCCGUUCUGUGGAUCUUGGCUUUCGAGUUGAUAUCGAGGCAAACGGUUUCUACACGGAGAAUUUCCAUUCAGCAGCCUGGGUUUUUCGAGGGGAUGAUGGGAAUCCUGAGGACAGUCCCAGGUGCCUUAGUAAAAAGCCCAGACCAGCAGCGGUUCGAGAGCGAACUGUGAGGCUCUUCAAAGGAGCUGGCGAUCCCUGGGGCUUCCGAAUUCAGUUCUCCAAACCGAUCGUGGUAACGGAAGUGGAUGCUAACAGCGCCGCGGAGGAGGCCGGGCUCCAGAUCGGAGACGUGGUGCUGGCUGUCAACGGCACCGAGGUCGCCAGCGUGGAGCACGCAGAAGCUGUGCACCUUGCAAGGAAAGGCCCAGACAUCUUGACUCUGGUGGUGGGAUCUGACAUCAGCCGCUGUCCCAAUACCCCUUGGCCCACCUGCCGCGGCUACCUACACAAGAGGACUCACUCUGGGUUCGUGAAGGGUUGGCGGAAGCGGUGGUUUGUGCUGAAGCAUGACGGCUGCCUCCACUAUUACAGACACAAGAAGGAUGAAGGAAAAUGCCCACCUCUGGAGGCAAUAAAAUUAGAAGGUGCAGCAGUUGACGUUGACAGCAGUUUGGGAAAACCAUUUGUGUUUAACUGUGUGCCUCAGUCUGGAAACAGAACUUUUUGCCUCUGUGCAACCUCAAACCAAGAGAUGAAAAGGUGGCUUGAGGCAAUGGACAAAGCGGCCCAUCCCGUCCGCCUGAACCAUGUCUGGGAAGACGUCACUCUGCACAACAGUGGCCUCCCACCCCUGGCUAUCAAGAACCCAGAGUGCCUGGGCCUCCUGCACCGACUGCACGGAAGCACAGACGUGUGGGUCCAGCACUACUGCGUCCUGAAGGAUGGCUGCUUGUACUUCUACGCCGGCCUCCGCUCCGCCCAGGCCUCAGGUGGCCUGUAUCUGCAAGGAUAUAGGGUGAAUGAGCAGACCCUUAGCUUCAAGGAAUCAAUAAUUGAACUUAAACCUCCAUCUGAAGAGUUAAAGACUUUCUAUUUCUGUGCAGAAAAUAAAACAGAAAACCAACGCUGGAUUACAGCUCUGGAAAUGUCUAUCAAGAAAUGGCUUCCUUUGCAUCAGGCUAUUCAAGACUUCAUUAAUCGACCUCUAGAGGAGACCAGAAUGUGAAAGGAACCCUAAUCUUAAGAGAAAAGAUCCACAAAAUCAUCACCAGGUGGUUGUGGGAAAAAACGAAAACAUUUGUCAUUAUAUAGCUUUUCAAAUGAAUGGUUCUCCAAAAUAGUAAAACCCUGUGAUAAGAUUAUAAUUUUGUUUUUGAGCUAAAGCACCAGAAUCGAAAGUGACAUUCAAAUAAUACAAUUUAUAUCAACAUCAUGAAUACCACCCCCCCAUCAUAUAUUUCCUCCUCAGGCUAUACGUGUUAGCAUCAAAAUAUACCAUGCUCCAUACCCCUGUCUUUUGAAAGCAAAAAUACAACAAAAGUUGAUUUAUUUUAUUUUCUCUUUUAUAUUCUUUCCUGAAUGUUCUUCUCUGUGCUUUAGCUAUAAGCUUCUUAGAAUGCCUACAGGCCAUGAUGUGGGAAGCUGAUAUUUGGGAAAAUUAAGAUCAUGGAAAUGAAGUGGCUUAAAUGAUGAAUAAAUAAUUCAGCUAAACAAGGUCCUCUCUGUUAGGUCAUCUUACAAUCAACUGACUCAAGUGACUCCCAGGUCUUUCCACAUGAAAGAAAAUAGUAAUAUUGUUGUUAUAAAAAUAAAACAAGGAAAGAACUAGACUAAAUUUGGAGGAGAAAAACGCAAAGGCCUGGGUCUUAUUAUUACCCAAAUAUUUAUCAGACUGUAUGGGGCAAACACAAAAAUAAUUCAAAAUGUCCUGCCCUUGAUACUGAAAGUAACAUUCAGAGAAAAGGAAAGUGAAUUCUAGUCAAUGGGUUCAUUUCUCGGGGGAACAAUCUCUAUGUGUAUCCAAGAUUUGUGAUGCUUUGG